AGCGUUCCUGUUUCUUUAAAUGAACACAGGACUUCAUCUUCAGGUGGAGUCAGUUCUUGCUGGUUAUAAAUUUGCUGGGAGGAGGGAAAGCAGCUGUUUUGCUGGAAUCUUUUAACACAAGCAGCACAGAAUCAUUAUGAGGGAGUGUCUGUCCAUCCAUAUUGGCCAAGCCGGGGUCCAGAUCGGGAAUGCUUGCUGGGAGCUGUAUUGCCUGGAACAUGGGAUCCAAGCGGAUGGGACCAUCCCGGGGAAUCAAGUGGUGCAGAAGAUCCUGCCCGAAGCCGAACAGGCAGAUGCCUCCUUUGAAACGUUCUUCUGCGAGACUUCAUCUGGGAAGCAUGUCCCGAGGGCUGUGUUCAUUGACCUGGAGCCAACUGUGAUUGAUGAGAUCCGCACAGGACCCUAUCAUUCCCUCUUCCAUCCCGAGCAGCUCAUCAGCGGCAAGGAAGAUGCGGCCAACAACUAUGCCCGUGGUCAUUAUACUAUCGGAAAGGAAAUCAUCGACACGGUCCUGGGCAGGAUCCGCAAAAUGGCCGACCAGUGCUGUGGCCUUCAAGGCUUCUUGGUCUUCCACAGCUUUGGGGGAGGUACAGGGUCAGGCUUCACCUCCCUCCUGAUGGAGCGUCUCUCGGUCGAAUACAGCAAGAAGUCCAAGCUGGAGUUCUCAGUGUACCCCGCCCCCCAGGUCUCCACUGCGGUUGUGGAGCCUUAUAAUUCCAUCUUGACCACCCACACCACCUUGGAGCACUCGGACUGCUCAUUCAUGGUGGACAACGAGGCCAUCUAUGACAUCUGCAACCGCAACCUCGACAUUGAGCGUCCAACCUACACCAACCUCAAUCGACUGAUUGGUCAGAUUGUGUCUUCUGUGACCGCUUCCUUGAGGUUCAAAGGCGCCCUGAAUGUCGACCUGAUAGAAUUCCAGACCAACCUGGUGCCUUAUCCCCGCAUCCACUUCCCUUUGACCACGUAUGCUCCCAUCAUCUCCGCCGAGAAGGCCUAUCAUGAGCAGCUCUCCGUGCCAGAAAUCACCAGCGCUUGCUUCGAGUUUUCCAACCAGAUGGUGAAGUGUGACCCUCGCCGGGGCAAAUACAUGGCCUGCUGCCUGCUCUACCGGGGGGACGUGGUGCCCAAGGACGUCAACGCGGCCAUCGCCGCCAUCAAGACCCGGAGGUCCAUCCAGUUUGUGGACUGGUGCCCGACCGGCUUCAAGGUGGGCAUCAACUACCAACCACCAACCGUGGUUCCCGGAGGAGACGUGGCGAAGGUCCAGCGGGCCGUCUGCAUGCUGAGCAACACAACGGCCAUCGCCGAAGCCUGGGCCCGGCUGGACCACAAGUUCGACCUGAUGUACGCCAAGCGGGCCUUUGUCCACUGGUACGUCGGGGAGGGCAUGGAAGAAGGAGAGUUCUCCGAAGCCCGGGAAGACCUGGCCGCCUUGGAGAAGGAUUACGAGGAAGUCGGGAGAGAUUCCGCCGACGGAGAGGAAGAAGACGACACCGAGGAAGAGUUCUAGAACCCAGCGAGGAUCCGAUCUAGAACCCAGCGAGCAUAAGGCGGAGAGAGGUCCACCAACACCAUUCUCUCGAAAAAUAAAGUAUUACUUGUUUAUGUUAGACUUUCGUAAUGUACGGACUGUUAACACCCUGAGCUUUCUUUAGAAUGCACUCCUUGUAGUAAUCCUUUUUGUAAUCUUUUCCUAAAGCUCUAUUAUUGUUGUUACUCACAACCAAGACAACGAACUAACGGAACCACUCGAUCAGGACUCAGUGAUAACCUCAACAGAACGCACAUUCAUCAUGUCGGUUGCAUCAACACAAAGGAAAACAUGAUCCGUCAAUAACGUCCCUCCCCAAGUUGACGUUUGCUCUCUGCAGAGAUUCUGCCAUUGACUUUCUUGCUAAAUGAGAUCCAAGCAUCUUCUAUGUAUGUCUUUGUUUGCUGUCCCUGUAUGGUCAUUUUUCUAUUAAAAGAAGUAUCCACAA